AUGGUAAUUGUCACGGCCAGGCAUACAUUGGAGAACCUCAGUGUAUUAGGCGCUAUCGACGAAAAUUCUAAACUGAAGAGAAGAGAGAAAUUACAAUCAACGACGCGCUCAAGAGACGCGCUUAAAUCCGGAGUUUGGGGCGCCAUAUAA